CUGCGAGGACCUUGGACGCCGGGAGGGGCGGCCCGGGGGUUCCUGGGAGUUGGGGUACAGCGAGGGGCGCCAGACCUGGGCUCGCCACCCUCUUGGGGCAGUUCUGGCCGGACGCCUGGGUCCUCUGGGCCCCUCCCCCUCGGGGGCGGGAUUAGGAGACCUGACCAAUGAGCGGCCGUUCGCGAGGCCCCGCCCCGCCCCGCCCCCGGAGCCGCGGCCUCGCCGAGUGCCCAACCGCCCGGCGCCCUGGCCAGGGGCUGCGCGAGCGCGGAAUCUGCGGCUGCGCCUCCCCCUAGGACGCCAAGAUGCCUGGUGAACAGCAGACAGAGGAAGAGGAAGAGGAAGAAAUGCAAGAGGAGAUGGUGCUGCUGGUGAAGGGUGAGGAAGAUGAGGGUGAGGAGAAGUAUGAGGUGGUGAAACUCAAGAUCCCCAUGGACAACAAGGAGGUCCGGACGAGCGAGGCGCCCGCGCCGUCGGCCGACCCGGCGCGCCCACACGCGUGCCCCGACUGCGGCCGCGCCUUCGCGCGCCGCUCCACGCUGGCCAAGCACGCGCGCACGCACACGGGCGAGCGGCCUUUCGCGUGCACCGAGUGCGGCCGGCGCUUCUCGCAGAAGUCGGCGCUGACCAAACACGGCCGCACGCACACGGGCGAGCGGCCCUACGAGUGCCCCGAGUGCGACAAGCGCUUCUCGGCGGCGUCGAACCUGCGGCAGCACCGGCGGCGCCACACGGGCGAGAAGCCGUACGCGUGCGCGCACUGCGGCCGCCGCUUCGCGCAGAGCUCCAACUACGCCCAGCACCUGCGCGUGCACACGGGCGAGAAGCCGUACGCGUGCCCGGACUGCGGACGCGCCUUCGGGGGCAGCUCGUGCCUGGCGCGCCACCGGCGCACGCACACGGGCGAGCGGCCGUACGCAUGCGCCGACUGCGGCACGCGCUUCGCGCAGAGCUCGGCGCUGGCCAAGCACCGCCGCGUGCACACGGGCGAGAAGCCGCACCGCUGCGCCGUGUGCGGCCGCCGCUUCGGCCACCGCUCCAACCUGGCGGAGCACGCGCGCACGCACACCGGCGAGCGGCCCUACCCGUGCGCGGAGUGCGGCCGGCGCUUCCGCCUCAGUUCGCACUUCAUCCGCCACCGCCGCGCGCACCUGCGGCGCCGCCUCUACAUCUGCGCGGGCUGCGGCCGGGACUUCAAGCUUCCGCCGGGCGCCGCGGCCGCCGCGGCCACCGAGCGCUGCCCAGAGUGCGAGGGCAGCUGAGCUGCCGUUGCCGGCGCUGCGGGGCUGCGGGCGUCGGCGCGGGGGGCGCGGGGACCCUGCGCGGGGCGGCACCGGGCAGGACGGCCGCGGCUCAGCACCCGGGGCUGGCGGGGGGCCGGGAGCGUGCGCGACCCGGGACCCGGGACCAGGCCACCCCUCGCUCCUACACCCCGACCCUUGUUAGUGAAUAAAGUGUUCGGUCCCUGCCC